AUAGUUUUUUUUCAGAUACAAUGACAGGAAAAUUUCAGUUUGCAAUAGACAGAGGAGGGACGUUUACAGACAUAUGGGCCAGAUGCCCAGGAGGUGAAAUUGAAGUUAUGAAACUUCUCUCUGAGGAUCCACAGAAUUACAAAGAUGCCCCAAGAGAAGGAAUAAGAAGACUUUUAGAACAGAAGACAGGUAUUCAAAUGAGUGCAGAUAAACCCAUUGAUACAUCUUACAUUGACUGGAUACGAAUGGGGACCACUGUUGCCACCAAUGCACUUUUAGAGAGAAAAGGUGAACCCAUGGCACUGGCUAUCACCAAGGGAUUCAAGGACUUGUUGUACAUAGGAAACCAAGCUAGACCACAGAUAUUUGAUCUUGAAAUAUCUGCUCCUGAUCAGUUGUACAGUGACAUUUUAGAAGUGGAAGAGAGAGUUGUAUUCCAGCAAGAUAAAUGUCAAAUCCAGAAGUCAUGUGACAAGGUCACAGGGGUCACUGGAGAAAAGUUGGAGAUUUGGCAGAAAGUGAACAGAGAGAAACUAAGAGAAGAUUUGCAGGCUCUUCUAGACAAAGGAAUUCAAAGUCUUGCCGUGGUUUUACUUCACUCAUACACAUUUACAGAGCAUGAGAAGGAAGUGGGCAGAAUUGCACAGGACAUGGGCUUCCACCAGGUGUCCCUGUCUUCUGAUGUCAUGUCCAUGGUGAGAGUGGUUCCAAGAGGUUACACAGGUAUAAUUGAUGCUUAUUUGACGCCUCAUAUCAAGAAAUAUGUAGCAGGAUUUGCUUCUGGUUUUAAAGAUAACAUUAAGAACACAUCAGUUCUUUUCAUGCAGUCAGAUGGAGGUCUAACUCCAGUUGAUAAAUUUAAUGGUUCCAGAGCAAUAUUAUCUGGCCCAGCUGGCGGAGUGGUUGGUUAUGCCUUAACAACUUAUAACCAAGAAACUAAACAGGCUGUCAUAGGCUUUGACAUGGGAGGGACCUCAACAGAUGUCAGCAGGUAUGCUGGUCAGUAUGAACACGUGUUUGAAACCACAAGCAAUUUCAAGAGAAUUAUAUUAAUUUUGCAAAAACUUUCUCUGGAUAUUAACACAGUGGCGGCAGGUGGUGGAUCCAUGCUUUUCUUCCGAGCGGGAAUGUUUGUGGUUGGACCUGAGUCAGCGGGAGCAGAUCCAGGCCCAGCAUGCUACAAGAAAGGAGGUCCUUUGACUAUAACAGAUGCUAAUCUAUGUCUUGGACGACUUUUGCCAGAAUAUUUUCCUAAAAUAUUUGGGAAAAAUCAGAAAAGUCCACUAGACAAGGCAGCUACAGACAGGGCAUUUAAGAAACUCACAAAAGAGGUUAAUGAAUUUCUGUCUACACAAGAAGACUCACCUAAAAAGAAGAUGAUAACUGAAGAGGUAGCGAUGGGAUUUAUCCAAGUAGCCAACGAGACCAUGUGUCGUCCAAUCAGAGCUCUUACGCAGGCGAAAGGUUACGACACAUCUAAACAUGUGCUGGCAUGCUUUGGUGGAGCAGGGGGACAACAUGCAUGUGCAAUAGCACGUUCUCUUGGAAUGUCAAAGGUCUUUGUGCAUAGGUAUGCAGGCAUCCUGUCGGCCUACGGUAUGGCUCUGGCUGAUGUAGUGCACGAGGCCCAGGAACCUUGUGCCAAGGAAUACAAACCUGAGUUCUUUCAGUAUUUUGAACAACAUAUUUCCGAUUUGCAAGAUAAAUGUUGCAAAGAGCUUCUGCAUCAAGGAUUUAAAAGAGAAGAGAUAGAUACUCAGCCAUUUCUACACAUGCGAUAUGACAGAACAGACUGCGCAUUAAUGAUUUCUGCAGACAAGUUCCCAGCCAAUCAGAACUCUUGUAAAGUUGGUGAUUUCAAAUUAGCAUUCCAAGAGAGGUACCACACAGAGUUUGGAUUCACCAUUCCCGAUCGUCCAAUCAUUGUAGACGACAUCAGAGUCCGAGGAGUGGGAAAGGCUCUGACGCAUGAUGAAAAAGACAAUCCUUCUGUGACUUCCACUCCCAUAGCAGACAUAACAACCAAGUGCUAUUUUGAACAUGGUUUCCAGGAGACAAAGGUUUAUGUUUUGGAGAAUUUGUCUCAUGGUCAUUCCGUUGAAGGUCCAGCUAUUAUCAUGAAUGGAAACAGUACAAUUUUGAUCGAGCUUAACUGCACUGCAACAAUAACAAAGCAUGGAGAUGUUCAAAUAAAGGUAGGGAGUGGAGUGGUGCAGCGUGUAGGACCAGAUCUAGACGCCAUUCAGCUGUCUAUCUUCUCCAAUAGGUUUAUGAGCAUCGCUGAACAGAUGGGAAGAGUGCUACAAAGAACUGCUAUUUCAACAAACAUCAAAGAACGUCUAGAUUUUUCUUGUGCAAUGUUUGGGCCUGAUGGAGGGUUGGUAGCUAAUGCUCCUCACAUCCCAGUUCACUUGGGGGCCAUGCAGGAAACAGUCCAAUACCAGAUGAAACACAGAGGGGAUGACUUGAAAGAAGGAGAUGUUAUUUUGGCUAACCAUCCCCAGGCAGGAGGGAGUCACCUCCCAGAUCUGACAGCCAUUACCCCGGUAUUUUGGCCUGGGGAGCAAAAACCAGUAUUUUUUGUAGCCAGUAGGGGGCACCACGCUGAUAUAGGGGGAAUAACUCCUGGUUCCAUGCCCCCUCAUUCCAAGUGCAUCCAGGAAGAGGGUGCUGUGUUUAAAUCAUUUAAGUUGGUGGAUCAAGGAAUAUUCCAAGAGGAAGCUGUUACUAAAGCACUUAUGAAACCAGGGAGAUACCCAGGUAGUAGUGGGACUCGUAACCUUGGAGAUAACCUCAGUGACCUCAAAGCUCAGGUUGCAGCCAAUCAAAAAGGCAUAAAGCUGAUCAAGGAGCUGAUAGAGGAAUAUGGACUAGAUGUUGUUAUAGCAUACAUGGCUCAUAUCCAGACCAAUGCAGAAAUAGCUGUGCAAGAAAUGUUGAAGGAAAUUGCCAGACGAACAAGGGAGAGAACUGGUACCACAAAACUGUCAGCGGAGGAUUACAUGGACGAUGGGGCCAAACUCUGUCUGAGUGUUGAUAUAAAUGAAACAAAGGGUACUGCAGUGGUAGAUUUUACAGGGUCAACCUGUGAGGUGUAUGGAAACUGCAAUGCACCAAGGGCAGUGACUCUGUCAGCACUGAUCUAUUGUCUGCGAUGUAUGGUUGGACAUGAUGUCCCUCUGAACCAGGGAUGUUUGAAGCCUGUGACUGCCAUCAUACCGAAGGGAAGUAUGCUGGACCCCUCAGAAAAUGCAGCGGUGGUCGGGGGAAAUGUCCUGACCUCCCAGAGAAUUGUGGACGUAAUCUUUAGGGCCUUCCAAGUCUGUGCAGCUUCUCAGGGCUGCAUGAACAACAUCACAUUUGGGGACGAUGCCUUUGGACAUUAUGAGACAGUAGCAGGAGGAGCGGGAGCUGGGCCAACAUGGAAUGGUAGAAGUGGAGUGCACAGUCACAUGACAAACACUCGUAUCACAGACCCGGAAAUACUAGAAAGAAGGUAUCCAAUUAUUCUGAAGCGAUUUCACCUUAACCCUGGUACAGGGGGUCAAGGUCAACACAAAGGAGGAGAUGGCAUCAUCAGGGAGUACUUGUUUCGUAAAGACCUCACCCUCUCCAUUCUCACAGAGAGAAGAGUCUUCUCCCCUUAUGGAUUAAAGGGUGGAGCUUGCGGAGCGAGGGGAGUUAAUCUUAUUCACUACAAUGAUGGAAGAGUGGUGUAUUUGGGAUCAAAGACUUCCAUCAAAUGUCAGGCUGGGGAUGUAUUUUAUCUCCAGACUCCAGGAGGGGGAGGUUAUGGAUCUGAACAGGAACAGGAAACAGACACCAGAAAAAGGAAGCGGAAGUCAAAUGAUGAAGGGUCAAAGGCCAAAAGAGGUCACUCCCUGGUUGGCAGAGGAAGUGUAUUUGAGUACAAAAAAGCACAAGAAUCAGCAUAGAUUUAAAAAAAAAUUAUUUGUUAAAUAGGCAAAAAUAACCUUAGUUUCUUAGGCACACUGCAUUUGAUAGAACAUUGCAACAUUUAUAAAUUUUUUAUAAACAUAUUUGAAAAGGGGGAAUAACUCAAUUUUCUAUUUGAAAAAGGUGAGUCAUCCCCCUUUCUUUCUUUCUUUUUUUGAUUUCCUCUUGUUUUAUAGUUAUUUUUAUUUGUAAAUAAGAGUUAUCCAAGUACAUUGAUUAAAGAAUAGAUUUUUGAAUUUUUACAAUUAUGAAAUGACAUAAAGGAUGCAUCAUUACUUCACAAUGUAAAAGUCAAGAAUUAGAGACUGCUUUGUCAAAAUAUCCUUUUUACAGAUCUAAAGUUGCAUUUUACAUGUAUAAGUGAACAUUAAAUGUAAAAAGUCGGUUUAGUUUUUUACUACCGGUAUUUCUUAUUUCAUGAGUGCAAUAAGGAACAUGAAGUUUUAAGUAAGAUUGAAUAUUUAGAACUAGAUUUAUUCAAUAUUUAAAUAAAGAAGUUUUUAUAUAAUAUAUAAACUUCUGACCAUUUGAGACACAGAAAAAUGUCUUUUCCUCAGUAGAUUUAUAUUUAUUUAUUAAGUUUAUAAUUUGUUUUAACUUUCAUUUUAUUAUACCUGAAUUGGCAGGUGAAACCAAAGUUGUCUUUUACAGUUUGGUACAAAGGUGCAAUGUCUGACAGUGCACCAUUCUUAAAUUCAUUAUAAGCCUUUUGCAUGAAUAAGGUGGUGGUAGAUUUGCAUGGUAUUCUUUUCAUUUUAAUUAAAUAAAUUACUCUAGCUUAUAACAAGAAGUAAUAGAUUUAGAGUGGUUGAUCAGAAUUCUGAUAUAUAUUCUAGUCAUGCACCUGACACCCAGUCAUUUUAUUUUUGGUUAUUAAUACGUUUAAAAAAAAAUCAUCAGAAGUGUAGUACCUACAUGUAGCACCAAGUAACGAUAGCACCAUCAAUAAUAUAAACUUGGAUCAGUUAGCUCGUAUGAUUUCUGUAGCACCUAGAAUCUAAACACAAGGUACCUGGAACCUAUUAGUUGCAAUACAAUUAGUAGGUAGUGAAAGCAGCACCUACCACUGAGUAUAAGAUAGAAUUGUUACUUAUUUUUAUUGUAUAACAAAGUUUGCCAUAUUAUGAUUUGUAAUUCAUCAGAUUUCUACUGAUUGUUAAAUAAAUAUUGUUUUUUAUUGAU